AUUUUAAAUUAAAUUAUUCAUAGAAUAUUUGAAAAGUUGACGUUUAAUAUUUUAUUUUGUUGUUUUUAGAAUUAAAAUUAUUUGAUCAUUCAUUCUUGUAGAUAUUGUAACAGCAAUAUAUUGAUUAACAGUAUUAUGAAAAUUAUUGUAGAUAAUGUAUUACAACAUUUGGAAUCAUCUUUGUCUGCUGAAUUUGAUUAUAGAAAUGUACACGAAGCACUAGAUUUUUUAUUUCGAAAAUCGUUGAAUGAUUCCCAUACUGAAAAUACUAAAGUUGCUUUAUCAAGUGUUGAAGCUGUCUUAGAAAAAGUAUGGGAAUCAUUUCAUACUGGUUCCUGGGCUGAUGCUCCAGAUGGAAUGCGUAAACUUUAUUCUCAUGCUAGUUUGCUUAAAACCAAAUUAUUAUUAAAAACUGCUAAUGAUGAAAGAAUGUUGAAAAAAACUAUAAAAGCUAUUGAUAUGGGGUUGCUAAUGGGCAAUGCAUUUAGAAAUGAAUUAACUAUAGCUGCAUCAUUAUUAUGUAAAGCCCUACAGCAGACUUUUGUUGAGGUUCCAGUUAAAUUGUGUGAUUAUAGCAAAUCAAAUAACAACAGUUAUGCAUUUCAUAGAAUUGGUGAUCAUGUUCCAAUACUACAUCAACCAUCCUUAGAAACAUUUUUAAGAGAUUAUCUUAAAUCUAAAAAACCUAUUAAAAUAACAGGCAAUAUGGAACACUGGCCUGCUAUAAAUAAAUGGAAAGACUUAAAUUAUCUUAUAAAAUUAGCUGGGGCUAGAUUAGUUCCUGUUGAAAUUGGAUCGUCUUAUGCAGAUGCUGAUUGGAGUCAAAAAUUAAUAACACUUGAAGAAUUCAUAAAUAUUCAUGUUGUUCAAGAAGGUGAAAAAUCAACGUACCUUGCACAACAUCAACUUUUUAAUCAAAUUCCCGAAUUGAAAGAUGAUAUUAGAGUCCCAGAGUAUUGUUAUUUAGCAGACGUGGAUGGUGAAGAGCCUGACAUAAAUGCAUGGUUAGGUCCUAAAGGAACAGUGUCUCCUACACAUUAUGAUCCAAAGAAUAACUUUUUAGCUCAAGUAGUAGGAUCAAAAUAUAUUAUUUUGUAUGAUCCAAAGUGGUCCGAGUAUUUAUAUCCAUAUGAUGAUAAAUUUCUUAAAAAUACUGCACAAGUAGAUCCAGUUAAGCCUGAUUUUUGUCAAUUUCCCAAUUUCUCUCAUGUUAAAGCAAUGCAUUGUAUUUUAAAUGAAGUCAUAGACAACUAAGAUAAAUGAAGCAAAUAAGCUGAGAAAACAAAAUGUAUAAUAUAUUUAAGGCCUCAGAAAUAAAAAACAAAGGUGUUUCUCCAAAAUUUUGGUAUGGGUAAGUACUACAGUCAACAGGUCAGGAAACUUUUAUUUUACAUAUAAAUAAAGAUUUAUAAACAUUCUAUAAAUUGUUUAUGUUUUCUAAAUACCCGUAAUGCCUUAAUAUGAUAAGUAUCAAGACAUAUAAUAAAAAUCUAUUGGACAAAAAAGAUAUGUGUCUUAUUUUCAACAUUUUUUUAUAUGAUUUUUUGUAUUAAAACAAUUAAAUAAUAUUUUAUAUUAUUUAUGUGACUUUCUUUUUAAAAAUGGUAGUCCAUCAAUAUUUUUAAUCAAUAGUAAUUUAAAAGAGCUUAAUAGGCUAUUUAUCUGUAUUAAAUAUUUUAAAUAUUCUUAAUAUUAUUGGUAAAUUAUGGUAAACAAAGUUAAAAUCUUCACCAAUUAGACUAUGUUUAGUAUGUCUUAGUAAUAAAUAUUGCUGUUUAUCAGAAAAUAAAGUAUUAGAAGGAUUUAAUUUUUAAAGAACAAUUAAUUAUGUUACCUGAGACAACACAUUUAGUUGAUUAUUUUGAUACCUCUGAUUUUCAUCGGUCUUACAGGUGUGUUAACUGACAAGUAUAAUCCAAAUAAUGAUGCCAGACUAUGAUUUAUUCUACCAUUAAUGUGGUUUAUCCACCAAACUACAUUACAUAAUUGUAUUUUCAUUUUUCUCCGACUUGAUAAUAUUUUAUGCUGAUAUAAGAAUAAAAUUUAUAUUUUAAACAAUUUUAUGUAUUAAUUAUAAGUGUACUUAUAAUUUAUUAAAACUAAAUAAUAAUUUUCUUGUUGUAUUUAAAAAUAUUAUGAUUUUUUUCAGUAAUCUAAAAUUUAUAUAUAUUAUGUGUACUUAUAUACUUUUGUAUUUAAAGUUUAGUUAUUUGCAUAGUUUUAUACUUUAUAUAU